UGUCACUUGCAAUAAUUUCCCAGGAAUCGACGUAACUGCUCAAAAUUGACUUUUGUCAUAGAAAACACAGAGCGAGAUGCGACUGGUCCGCAUCAUGGCGCUGCGCCAGCGUCUGGCUGACAAGCUGGUCAUGCCGGAGCGUCUGAGGGACACCAUCGUGGAGAAGUGGAUAAAGUGCUGGACCAGUGUGGUGCGCGACUACACUGAGGUGGCAGUUGGAGCGGUGCGCGAGUCCUAUGCCCAUCCCAGGAGGGCGCUGGCCUAUGGCACUGGACUGGUCCUGCUCUACCAGACUGUGGCCAAUAAUCCCGGCGAGGAGUAUUUCAUGACGCAACUGCGACGGGACAACAGUCUGAUGAUCACUGUGGCUCCAGAUCAGCAGAAUCCCGUUUCUGCGGAAUAUUUGCUCAUGUUGGAGCGAGCCAUCAACCAAAAGAAGCUCCGCCUCCUCUCGCUGGGCAUCUGCACCCUGGUCUGGGUGGAUCUAUACGGCGAGGAUGACUGCACAUAUCCGGCUAUUUGUGAAUACACCAAGGUGAGCUACCUCAACUUCCAUGAGCGCAUCAUCGAUGUGGGCUUUUGGAGCCAAUACUGGCGGCUCAAGUGGAAGAUGCGCAACUAUGAUGUGAAUUACCUGUAAGGGAUCUGGAUCUGGAUUUGGAGUAGCUGCUCUUCCCUUAAGUCAACCUAUGUUUAUUGCUCCAUUUUUAAAACAGAAUAUAACGUGUUAUAUAUACAGCCUGA